AUGCUUCGACACACUUUGCAUCGCGGAAUUUCCGCUGGAAAUGCUAAUGCGUUGACCACUUCAACUCGUGGCUUCACCUCGCCCUCGACUCGAGAAUUUGACUACGUCAUUGUCGGCGCUGGUUCAGCCGGUUGCGUGCUCGCCAACCGAUUGAGCGCCAAUCCGAACAGCAAGGUGCUUGUGGUGGAGGCCGGGCCCAGUGAUCGCAACCGCUGGGACUCGUUUCUCAUCGAGAUGCCGGCGGCCGUCCCUAUCAACCUGGCUGACGAUCGGUACAACUGGAACUUCUCCACUGAACCGCAAGAGUUCCUCAACAACCGACGCAUCGGAUAUCACAGUGGACGUGUCCUAGGUGGCUCAUCGUCUCUUAACGCCAUGAUGUACAGUCGUGGGCAUGCCAAGGACUACGAUGAGUGGCAAGCCAAAGGUGCCGAAGGAUGGAGUUACGCCGACUGCUUGCCAUAUUUCAAGCGGUCUGAGAAUCACCAACUCGGUGAGGACGACUACCGAGGCGGAAACGGGCUUCUUCACACGGUGAGGAACACGCAGAUGGAUCAACCUUUGUUCCAAGCCUUCCUUGACGCUGGCGCACAGGCUGGAUAUCCAUUCACGGAUAAUCUGAAUGGGUACCAACAAGAAGGUUUUGGCUGGCACGACUUAACUAUCCACAAAGGCAAACGAUGGAGCACCUCUGCAGCGUUCCUUCAUCCUAUUAUGGACCGUGACAACUUGACUGUCAUUACAGAUACGUAUGUCAACAAGGUGAUAUUCGAUGGCAAGAAAGCAGUUGGUAUCGAAGUUGAAGACAGCACAACAAAGGCGGUGUCGAAGAUCUCGUCGGUUAAGGAAGUGAUUCUAUCGGGUGGUGCGAUCAACACGCCACAGGUUCUCAUGCUCUCUGGUGUCGGAGAUGCAGACCACUUGAAGGAAGUUGGCGUGCCCUUAGUGCACCACAUGCCAGCGGUCGGACAGAACAUGGAAGAUCAUGUCGGAGUCAACUUGCAAUUUGCUUGCAAGCAACCUAUCACGCUGUACAAUGCAUCCAAGCGAUACCCACGCAAUGUUUUCAAAAUUGGGUACGAGUGGUUGAUGUCCAAAACUGGUCCAGGCGCGUCCCCACACUGCGAAGUGGGCGGCUUUAUUCGAACUGCUCCGGGUAAGCAGCAGCCAGAUGUGCAGAUUAUCUUCAGCCCUUGCGCAGUGGACCAUCGCUGCCAGUUGCGCGAGGACAUUGGCCACGCAAUGAGCGGGCAUAUUUCGCUAAUGCGAGGCUCGGACAGUGGUACUAUCAAGUUGCGCAGUGCUAAUCCUCGUGACCACCCCAGCAUCGAUCCAAAGUACAUGGCUGAUGAAGAAAGCCGAGUUACACUUCGAGAAAGCGUGAAAUUGACUCGAGAGAUCUUUGCUCAACACGCGUUUCAAGAGUUCUACGGAGAGGGGAUUUCUCCUAAAGACAGUGUUCAGUCGGAUGACGAGAUCGACGCGUGGCUUCGUAAGUACGCUGGAGCAGAGUUUCACGUGUCGUGUACAGCUCGCAUGGGCGUGGACGACAACUCAGUGGUUGACCCGCAGACCCGUGUACACGGACUGGAUGGUCUUCGUGUUGUGGACGCGUCCAUCAUGCCGAACAUCGUGAGUGGCAACACGAACGCGGCUGUAAUAAUGAUUGCUGAGAAGGCCGCCGAUAUGAUCCUGGACAAGCCUGCGUUGCCGAAGGCCAACGUUCCGGUGUACGAGCCCAGCAGCUGGCAAACGCGUCAACGAUAA